AUGAUUAGUGACUUUUGGAGUAAGGCCAAUGACAUAUUGAAAGUAUUUGAGCCAAUUGUAAAAAUUUUGAGACUAGUGGAUGGUGACGAGAAACCAACAAUGGAUUUCAGAUAUGAAACCAUUAAUCGAGCAAAACAAGCAAUUCAACAAAAUUCUCGUUAUCAUUCCAAAUAUAAUGAUAUCAUUGACAAGCGUUGGAAAGUCAUGCACUUUGAUCUUCAUUUUGGUGGUUAUUUUUUUAAUCCACAAUUUCAAUAUGGAAUCGAGCAUGGAAAAGCUAUUUAUAAAGAAACAUUUAAUGGAACAAAGAAUGUAAUCAUGAAGGUAGAAAGAAACAUGGAUGAUCAAAUCAAAGAUCUAAACCAACUAACACUUUUUAGAGAAAAAAGUGAAACGUUUGGUAGACCUCUAGCUCAAAAAUCUUGGUCUAAGAUAGAUGCAGCUCAAUGGUGGAAAUAUCAUGGUUCAUGUGCUCAUGAACUUCAACAUUUGGCUAUGAUAGUUCUCAGUCAAACAACCUCUGCCACAAACUAUGAGAGAAGUUGGAGUACAUUUAGCUAUAUUCAUACAAAGACAAGAAAUAGAUUGAAGUACAAAAAAUUGCAUAAGCUUGUCUUCACACAUUACAACAUGAAGUUGAGAAUGAGAGAUAAAUUAAGGAAGAGCCGGGAAGAAAUAGAAGCAAAUUGGUUACCAAUAGUUGAUACAGAUGAUGACAAUAUUGAUGAUAAUAGUGAAUCUAAUGAUAGUGGUGGUCUAAUUCCACCUAGCGGUAAUAGUGGUGAUGGGGGUGGUAAUGAAGUGGAUAACUAA